AUGCCUUUCUUCGUCAUCUCAGGUGCAUGGACUUUGACGGAGCCGUGUGCUGUAGGACUGGAAGAAUCACAAAGGACUCUGUUGGCAGCUCAACCCCCCAAAGAUAGGCGAGACCAGCCUCGCUUUGUCAAGAUAAAGUGCAAAGUUGAGCCCAACGAUGAAGAACCUGGCUAUGGGAAAGGCUACAUGUUCGACAGCACUCCAUUCAUUGGGGAACGUGGGUGGCCGUUAUGCGUAGACAGGAUGGGCAUCAAUGGCCCCGCUUUGAAGAACCCGUUUCUGAUCUGGCACCGAGAGAUGUUCCUGGAGGAUGGGUCACCUAUCAAUAGGUGCAUUCAGAGGAUGACCAACAACCAGGCAGCGCAUCCUUGGGCGGGUAAUAUUCUCGUCAUGAAGCACGACCAGAGUAACCUCACGUACAACAGCAUAUAUGUAGAUGCUACAGCGGAUGACAUUCCCGUUGUUGCGACGUACUUUUCCAAGUACCCCAGUGUCUCCCCUAGAUUCCACUAG